CUAUUUUCGGGGGGAUGAAUCUGAAUCAUAAUGAAUAAGUACUCUGUUCUGGCUCUGUUCUGUGUCCCAAUCAUAUUGGACCCUGCAAAUAUUGACACUUCUUUAUGAAUGUACACUUGCACUCCACUCAAAAUAACCGUUUCACCCGAAUCCCUAGAUAUUAAAGACCAGACAUACAUACACAGAUAGCUUAUUAAUAUUAUCAUAAGUACAAUUCAACAAUGUUGAUCAUAAUCAAUUUUCAGAUGCUCAUCACCCUUUGAGGUUAUAUUCAAAUAUGAAUUAGAUAUUGCAUUUGUACAAAUGACUUAACCCAAACUACACAAUUUUCAUACUAACAUAGUAACAUAUAUAAAUAUAUUGUAUUGUAACAAAGUCACUUAAACUAGAGCGUAGAUCAGAUCUUGUAUACUAUCUUUCUAAUGAAGACAAUCCUUGAAUCAUAAAUUUAGGAUCACACUUCGUCCAAGAAAAUUUUAAACCCAUCCCUCUUCUUCAUACCUCUUAUCUUCACACUAUUCUUCCUUUUGUGGGGUCUAAGCCUCCAUGCAUGAAAUCAGUUACAACUCUGAUCCCAAUGUGAAAAAAUAACAUAUCAUAAUCGCAACUGUAAUAAUGCAGUGCACGUUUGAACGAUUUUUCAGUUUGAUGAGCAAAUAUAACGGAACCGCACGAGUGAAAACAAAAUGGCAAACUAUUAUCAUAAUCUAAACCCCUCGUGAUGUAUUUUAUCAAAUAAAAAACUUGCCCAUCUCAUAACAAAAACAUCACAUUUAAUAUCUCUAUGGACCAUGGAUUCUUUACUAUCUAAGCUCUACAAUCGAUCAUCUAUAUAUACACAUGUUCUUCAGCAUUGUACUUCUCAUCACCUCACAAUCUCUUUCCCUACUCAUCCUUCUCAUUUGAUCUAUCUCCUUCUAUAUUCUUAAAAAAAAAUGAAGAACAAGUUCAUAAAAGCAUGUGAAAACAAACUGAAAACCAUGAAGAGCAAAUCCAUAGUCAUACCUUGUACUUCAUCUUUCUGUGAGAGUUGUUGCGAGAAGGUUGCUUGGGGGUUCAAGAAGGAAAAUGAAGCUAUACCUAAAGAUGUUCCAAGAGGACAUUUGGUAGUGUAUGUGGGUGAUGAUCACAAGAGGUUUGUGAUAAAGAUGAGUUUGCUUAAACAUCCAAUCUUCAAGGCAUUGCUUGAUCAAGCUCAAGAUGCUUAUGAUUUCAGUUCUGACUCAUCAAGAUUAUGGAUUCCAUGCGAUGAAAACACUUUCCUCGAUGUCGUCCGUUGCAGUGGCGCUCCUCAGCAUCAACGGAAAUGCAUUGGCAUGUACAUGUAAGAGUGAAGAUAUUUUCAUUUGGUUUUUGGUUUUUCAUCUGUGGAUCUAUGUUUCCAGAGAGAACUAAUGUUGAUUUAGAUAAUGGUGUACACUUCCUCACUAAGUAUGAUUAAUAAUAUUGUUAAGCAUAAGCAAGAGUCACUGAAAAAGAAAACAUCUACAAAUGUUGCAACAUUUAAAUUUUGACAAAGAUUGUUUUUUUUUUCUCUCGCACCAUUUCAAGACGAGACAUAAAGCAAAACGUUUCAGACAUGGUUGCCUCUGUUCUGUAUCAUAUAAACGACCAGGACCAAGUACAUUUUGAAGCUAGACAACAAAUAAGAAGUACUGAUCAAACUCUUUUGUCAACUCUGUCGAAUCCACAAAUAGUUACACGUGAUUUUCAUAUAUAUCAUACAAAGUGACACCAUUCACAUUACAAUUACUCACUGAUAAAACACUCAAUUCAAACAUAAUAAAAAAGUAAAAGCAACAAAA